UUAGAGGUUUUGGGAGGAUACCUCCCACCACUGGGCUGAGCAGGCGGGGAGGGAGGUUCUUUGGCUGCCGGAGAGCAGAGAGGCCUCAGCGCUAUGGCUCGGCUGAACGUGACCGAGGUUUUUGCCAACAUACGCCUGCCGGGACACCUCCACACCCAGAGCUCCCUCCACUUUGCCAGCAACUUUGAGUUCCAGGACACAGAUGUCCUCCUCGUCACUUACCCCAAGUCAGGCACCACUUGGAUGCAAGAAAUCUUGACCUUGAUCCGCAGCAAUGGCAACCUCGAGCCCGUAAAGACUCUUCCCAACUGGGCUCGAGCCCCCUGGUUAGAGCACAUCUAUUUCCGAGAGCAACUUCAGCACAUCCGGUGUCCUCGCCUCCUCACCACCCACCUGCCUCAGCCAGUACUGGCACCUGCCCUGAAGAAAGCUAAGCCCAAGGUGAUCUAUGUGGUCAGGAACCCAAAAGAUGUUGUGGUGUCCUACUACCAUUUCCAGAGAAUGGCCAAGUUCUUCCCUGAACCAUCCUCCUUCGAAGGCUUCCUUCAUGAUUUCAUGGCUGGCACCGUGCACUACGGAUCUUGGUUUGAGCAUGUGAAAGGCUGGCUCAGCUGCCGAGAAGAGCUGGGCCUGUUUUGCAUCACCUACGAGGAGCUCCAUCAAGACCUGAGACACUGUGUGGAGCGGCUGAGCGCCUUCCUGGGCCGCCCGGUUCAGCCAGAGCAGGCCAACCGCAUCCUGGAGCACUGCAGCUUUGCGGUCAUGAGAGAGAACCUCAUGGUGAAUGGCCGGCUUCUCCCUCCUGAGAUUAUGGAUUUCCAGAAAAGCCAGUUCAUGCGGAAAGGUAUUGUUGGCGACUGGAGGAACCACUUCUCCCCCAAGCAGAGCGCUCUAUUCAACGAGAGAUACCAGCAGGAAAUGGGGGGCCACCCCUGGCCCCUCCAGUGGGACAUGGACUGACAGCAGCGGCUCCAAGACCUCCGUUGGCCCUUGCAAGGUGCGGCUUGUCUCAGGACGGCAGCUCCCGCGUCGGACUUUCUCCCACUGGGAAGAGGAACUGGGAAGUAGCCCAGCAAGGGGGUCACACCAGUCUGGGGCUGCGAGAGAGAAUUCUUACACCGCCAGAAAAAGCCGCCUGGUAGCCAACAGGGUGACUACAAGACAGGUGGAAACAAGCCGCUCCCUCAACCGAGGGGACCAAAGAGUUUCUUUACAAGCAGGGCGGAAGGAAGGCCACCUGCACAAGGGUCUCUAGGUUUAGAGUUCAGGACUUGUUUGAGUCACACCAGUUGCUGGAAAUCUUCUUACGUUCUUCAAUAAAUCUGGCUUAUUCACCGUG